GCGGCUCAAGGUUCCUUAAUUAUUGAUAGCAGCAUUCGACGGUAACGUUUCGUUGUCAUUUUUCAUUUUUUUCUUUAUUGAGGUGGAAAUCAGUUUUACGACAACAUUGAAGUGAAGUGAAAGCAAAAGAAGCAGUUUUAAUAUUGUAAAAUGGCACCAUCAGUGUUUGAUGUAAAUAAUCCCUUAAUUCAAACAUAUUUUUUUUAUGGAUCUAUUCUUGUCUUAAAAGUAAUAGCCAUGUCGUUUCUGACCGCAAGGCAAAGAUUUAAAGCAAAGGCUUUUGCCAAUCCCGAAGAUACCAAAACUUUGCCUAAUGCCAAAGUUAAGGUUGAUGAAAAUGUCGAACGAGUCAGAAGGGCGCAUCUGAAUGAUUUGGAGAAUAUCCCAAUUUUUUUCGUGGCCAGUUUUGCCUACAUCAGUACCAACCCGUCGGUUUGGCUCGCAACUAAUCUGAUAAGGGCCUUCACCAUUGCCAGAUUCGUGCACACCUUCGUUUACGCAGUUCAGGUUGUACCACAACCAUCGCGAGCUUUGGCAUUCGGAGUGGGCGUUUUGGUAACCGUCUACAUGGCAGUAACAAGUAUUUUAUACUACUUGUAAUUUUUCAUUUUAAUAUGUCCUUUUUUCAAUAUGUUUUUAAUAAAUGUGGUAAUAGUAAAA